AUGGGUAGACUAAAUGACUCUGUGAUUUCUGAGUUUGUGUUGCUGGGACUCUCCAGUUCUUGGGAAACUAAAGUUUUUCUCACAUUGACAUUCUCUUUGCUCUAUUUAGGGAUCAUCCUGGGAAACCUUUCCAUUUUGUUUUUGGUGAUUCUUGAUUCUCAUUUACAUUGUCCUACUUACUUCCUGCUGGCCAAUCUGUCCCUCAUUAAUGUGGGUCUUUCUUCUACCACAGUCCCCAAGCUGAUCACAGACCUUCUAAAUGAAUACAAAGUAAUUUCUUUUCAAGGCUGUAUGACACAGAUAUGCUUCAUCCACAUCAGAGGAGGAGUGGAGAUGGUGUUACUCAUAGCCAUGGCGUUUGACAGAUACAUGGCAAUCUGUAAGCCUCUUCACUACCUGACCAUCACGAGCGCUAAAGUAUGUGUUUCAACCACAGUCAUGGGUUGGGUAAUUGGGGUUAUCCAUGCUAUGUCUCAGUUUUCAUUUGUUAUUAAUUUGGCCUUUUGUGGGCCCAAUAAAAUAGACAGCUUUUAUUGUGACUUUGCUAGGAUCAUAAAACUUGCUUGCACAGAUGGAUACAAAUUUGAGUUUAUUAUUGCUGCCAUUAGUGAGUUCAUGAUCAUGGGAACCUUCUUCCUGCUAAUGCGUUCCUAUGCCUUCAUUUUGGUCACUGUCUGGAAACGCUCCUCAGGUGAUUUAUCGAAAGCAUUUGUCACUUUUUGUCAGCUCACAUCACUGUGGUUGUUCUUUUUUGUCACUCCAUGAAUAUUUCUUUAUGUGUGGCCUUUCCCUACAUCAUUACGUGAUAAAUAUCUGUUCAUUGUUGACUUUGCUAUCACCCCUGUCUUGAAUCCUGCCAUCUAUACAUUAAGGAACGAAGACAUGAAGAUAGCAAUGAAAAGAUUGAACAAACGACAAUGUUAUGUCAGAUUUUGCUGA